AUGGAGGAGAUCAAAGCACUCACCCACAACUGCGUCUUCAAGCUGGAGCCACUGCCUGCGGGAAGAAAGGCCAUCAGGGCACGUUGGCUAUUCAAGAUCAAGCGCCUCACCAACGGCAUGAUCAACCACUUCAAGGCCCAAUGGGUGGGCAAGGGAAUUGAUUUUGAUGAAACCUUCUCCCCCGUCGUGCACAUCAAGAAUCUACAACUUCUGCUGGCCAUUGCGACCGCGCUUGACCUCAAGAUCCAUCAGAUGGAUGUGGACACCGCAUUUCUCAACGCCAAGCUAACCGAGGAGGUGUACAUCGAACAACCAGAAGGCUUCGUCGACCCUGACAAGCCGCACCACAUGUGCAGACUGCUAAAGAGCCUUUAUGGCUUAAAGCAGGCUCCGCACGAGUGGAACCGCACCCUCGACGCUCACCUUCAUGACAACGACUUCAAGCCAACAGUCACCGACCCAUGCAUCUACAUCCAUCAACAGGAAGACCAUCAACUAGUCAUGAUUGCCGUCUACAUCGAUGAUUGUAUGAUCAUCGCUCCCAAGCACCUCCUCAAUGAGACCAAGAACGUGCUACGACGACACUUCAAGAUGAAGGACCUGGGUGAAGCUGAAUCCGUCCUUGGCAUUGAGAUUCACUGA